AGUCUGAGCUAUGUUUGUGCUCUUAUGAGGCUACUGGUGUUUUGAGGAAAGAGUUGCACUUGUCCUUCACUUUGACUCAUGAUUGGAUCGGAUUUUCCUUCUCAUCAGAAACACUAUACAGACUUUUUGUUUUCUUUUUAUAUCCCAUAUGUUCUUUUGUCUACUUUUUUCCCCUAAAACGUCGACACUUUUCAUAAACAAUACUGGCUCUUCAAAGGACUAGCUAAGCCCAUUUGAUAUGCAGAGAUCUUGGUGAACAGGCUCAACAUCAACAUGGACCACUGGCGAAUCUUUUUACUGGGGGUGUUUUUGUCCUGGAGGCUACAAACUGCAUCCCAAAUGCAUGAAGAGGUGUGUCCAGGUACGCAGAAUGGACUGAGUUCCACAGGCUCUCAGGAGAACCAGUACAAUCUGAUUAAAGACCGGUAUAAUGGCUGUGAGAUUGUCAUGGGAAACCUGGAGAUCACUCAGAUUGAAAGUAACUGGGACUUGUCCUUCCUCAAGAAAAUCCGUGAGGUCACCGGCUAUGUCCUUAUUGCUAUGAACCACUUUCAAGAGAUUCCUUUGGGGCAACUUCGCGUCAUCAGAGGAAACAGCCUGUAUGAAAGAUGUUUUGCUCUCUCGGUCCUCUUCAACUACCCCAAGGAUGGCUCCAACGGCCUACGCCAGCUUGGACUCGCAAACCUGACAGAGAUUCUGGAGGGAGGGGUGCAGAUUAUCAACAACAAAUACCUGAGUUAUAGCCCCUGGAUUUUCUGGCAGGAUAUUGUCCGGGACAGCAAUGCUCCUAUUGAUAUCCAAAACAACGGAAAGAGAGGCCCAUGCCACAAAUCUUGUAGAGAUUAUUGUUGGGGACCAAAUGAAGAGCAAUGUCAGAUCUUGACUAAGACGGUGUGCGCUCCGCAGUGUAAUGGCCGCUGCUUUGGCACAAGCCCGAGGGACUGCUGUCACAUAGAGUGUGCAGCGGGAUGCAAGGGCCCUCAAGAUGUGGACUGUUUUGCAUGUCGUCAUUUCAACAACUCCGGAGCCUGUGUACCUCAGUGUCCCCGGGCUCUGAUCUAUAACAAGCAGACGUUUCAAAUGGAAACCAACCCUAAUGCCAAAUACCAGUAUGGUUCCAUCUGUGUUUCUCAGUGCCCCACUCAUUUUGUGGUGGACGGUAGCUCCUGUGUGAGCGCCUGUCCACCAGACAAGAUGGAAGUGGAGAAGGAGGGCCAGAGGAAGUGUGAACUCUGCAGUGGACUCUGCCCAAAAGUGUGUGAAGGCACUGGUGCUGAAGACAGACAGACAGUGGACUCAAGCAACAUCAACAGCUUCAUCAACUGCACCAAGAUUCAGGGCAGCCUUGAUUUCCUUGUCACAGGGAUUCUUGGAGAUGACUUUAAAAACAUCCCACCACUGGAUGCCAAAAAGUUGGAAGUGUUCCGCACUGUCAGGGAAAUAACAGAUUUUCUAAACAUCCAGUCCUGGCCCAAAGAGCUGAACGAUCUGUCUGUUUUUUCCAGUCUCACUACCAUUCAAGGGAGGUCACUCUACAAGCGUUUUUCUCUGAUGGUCAUGCACAUCCCCACUCUUACCUCACUGGGUCUGUGCUCUCUGAAGGAAAUCAGUGGAGGCAGCGUGUACAUCAGUCAGAAUGCCAAUCUCUGUUACCACCACACUGUGAACUGGACACAGCUGUUCAGAGGCCAUAAAGUUCGAGCCAACAACAACCUCAGCAACAACAAGCUAUUGGCAGAGUGUGUUGCAGAAGGCCACGUGUGUGACCCCCUAUGUUCAGACUCAGGGUGCUGGGGCCCUGGGCCCGACCAGUGUCUUUCCUGUAGGAACUACAGUCGAGAAGGCACAUGUGUGGACAGCUGUAAUUUUUACACUGGAGCACCGAGGGAGUUUGCAGGUCCUGAUGGUGAGUGUGCCGCCUGUCAUCCAGAAUGCAAGCCUCAGAGCGGGAAAGCCACCUGUACUGGACCGGGUGCAGAUGAGUGUGUGGCUUGUGCCAGCUUUCAAGACGGCCCUUUCUGCAUGUCCUCUUGUCCCACUGGAAUAAAUGACGGACAGAAGGGGCUGAUUUUCAAAUACCCCAACAGGGAGGGUCGCUGUGAACCAUGUCACCACAACUGCACGCAGGGAUGCAUUGGCCCAGGAUUAAAGGGCUGUUUAGAGACAGCCCGACUGGAGGUUAGCAGUGGUCAGAUCACAGGCAUAGCCUUGGGUGUCCCUGCUGGCUUAAUUUUCUGCCUGGUGUUGUUUUUCCUGGGCAUGCUUUACCACAGAGGCCUCGCCAUCCGUCGCAAGAGAGCUAUGAGGAGGUACCUGGAGAGCGGAGAGAGCUUUGAGCCCCUGGGUCCUGGAGAGAAAGGCACCAAGGUUCAUGCUCGCAUUCUGAGGCCGUCAGAGCUGAAAAAAGUCAAAGCACUCGGCGUGGGUGUUUUUGGCACUGUGCACAAGGGCUUUUGGACUCCAGAAGGAGAGACAGUUAAGAUCCCUGUGGCCAUCAAGACCAUCCAGGAUAGCUCAGGCCGACAGACCUUCACUGAGAUUACUGAUCAUAUGCUAUCCAUGGGCAGCCUGGACCACCCUUACAUCGUUAGGCUGCUGGGCAUCUGCCCAGGUGCGAGUCUGCAACUGGUGACCCAGCUCAGUUCACGAGGUUCUCUACUGGAGCACAUCAGGCAGAAUAAGAACAGCCUGGAUCCCCAGCGCCUUCUCAACUGGUGUGUGCAGAUUGCUAAAGGUAUGUACUAUCUGGAAGAGCACUGCAUGGUCCACAGGAAUCUGGCUGCCCGCAACGUCUUACUAAAGAAUGACUAUCAAGUCCAGAUCUCUGACUACAGUGUAGCAGACCUCCUUUACCCUGAUGACAAGAAAUAUGUCUACACAGACACAAAGACACCCAUAAAAUGGAUGGCACUUGAAAGUAUCUUGUUUCGAAGAUAUACUCAUCAAAGUGAUGUUUGGAGUUACGGGGUGACAGUGUGGGAGAUGAUGUCAUUUGGGGCGGAGCCAUAUGUGUCCGUGCCACCGCAGGAAGUGCCGGGUUUACUGGAGAAGGGCGAACGUCUGUCACAGCCCCACAUCUGUACUAUAGAUGUCUACAUGGUCAUGGUUAAAUGCUGGAUGAUUGAUGAAAAUGUAAGGCCCACCUUCAAAGAACUGGCCAGCGACUUCACUCGCAUGGCGAGGGACCCGCCUAGAUACCUUGUCAUCAAGCUGGAAGGAGAAGAAGCUCCUCCAGAUGGAAUCCAUCGAAGAGAGUCAGAGCGAGGACUUCUGGAUGCAGCUUUAGCAGACCAGGAUGAGGAGGGACUGGAGGAUGGUUUGGCUACACCUCCUCUUCAGCACUCUCCAUCGUGGAGUGUGUCUCGUUCACGGAUUAAUUCUUGCAGGAGUGGCACAUAUCAGGCGGGACCUAUUGGAUACCUGCCAAUGACCCCAAGCCCAGCAGACAGCUUCCGCCAGCUGUGGUUUCACAGGUCUCGUCUGAGCUCAGUGCGGACUCUGCCUGAGAGGUUAGAGGUCAGGGGGAGUGGCAGAGAGGCAGAGCCACGUGAGGAAGGUGUACGGACUGGGAGUCUUCACAGGGCCAGGUUUGGCUCAGAGAGGAGUAAUCGUCGUGUGCCAAUCAGCCAACAAAGGAAACUUUCGACAGCCUCCAGUCCACCCUCAUACAAGGUGUGGACGGGAGAGGAAGAGGAGGAGGUGGACCGCUAUGGCUACGUCCUGCCUGGGUCACCUGGUACACCAGAAAUAGUCUCCAGAAUUACUCAUUCUGGCCAAAGAAACUCAAGGCUCAAGAACAACCUGCUUUUCGUGAUGAUAAAUCCCUCCCAGGAAUAUGAAAUCAUGAACACAGAGGAGGGUGCUCCUCUUUGCUCGGCCAGCGCCGUCGCACCACAGGAAGAUGACCCUGCUGUGGGGCUUCGCUGUAAAACCUCACCCUUACCCUCCCCAACAUUCAUGGCUCUAUUACCCAUAGAGGACAUAGCACAUGAAGAAAGUCUAGCACCAGACUCAGCUGUAAGGAGUAAUUCAGUUCAUGAUGCUUGUGAAGGAACUGCAGCAGAGCGCAGAAACUCAACAGAGGAACAUCAGCUCACCAGUGACUUUAUUGGUGAUAUCAGAGCUGUGCAUGACCAAGGAGAGCCAGCCAAAGGGAUUGGCAGAUAUGAAUACAUGGAUAUCAGGCACUCUGACUCUACAGAGGGAGAUGAAUCAUCACAGGAGAGACGUGGGAGUCAAACAUCUGCCAAGAGUGCAGCAGAGGAACAGGAAACACACCAAGCAGUGGAGGUGUUGAAAAAAGAGCACAGAGAGGAAGAGGAAAAGGAGGAGUCCCACAACACAAACAAACAAGCCACUCUGAGCAGUACAGUCAUGCCCAGGCCAGAUGUGCUGAAAGGUGGGGGAGAAAAGGUGGAGGAGUAUGAGGAGAUGAACAGAUUUGGGGUGGUGCCCAGUGGACGGGAGGAUACAGAAUACCAGAACCUCCCGGUAAAGGGGAGGGUUAUUUGUGAGGAGAUGGGCAGCGGCAGGUGUGCAGAGAUUGGGGAAUACAUCAAGGUGUGUGCCGGUGUGGGGGAACCUGGCAGCAGCACAUCAUUCGACAACCCAGACUACUGGCACAGCAGGCUGUUCCUCAAACCAGAUGCUGUACGCAUCUAAUAAUGUGGCCUGGGACAGAGGCACUGAAACUGCUGCAGCUGCUUACGUUGCUCUCAUAAAUGUGGGCUGUUUUUUAUUGAUGUCCACCUUUUUUGUGGGUUCCUUUCAUCUACAAAGUUUCAGGAAAAAAAUAAAUAAAUAAAAAUACUGUUGAUUCUUAUACCACAGCUUCACUCGGUGAAUAAUAAUUCAUGAAAAACAGGUUACAAAGCCAAAAAUCUGGAGGGUAUUAUCAAGUAUCUAUCAAGUUACCUUGGCUUCAUAUGAACGCAGUAACAUGAGAUGACUAAUUUCUGUCCAUCCUUCCCUACUUCUCAUAUUAACAUGAAUUAUUAUAUAAAUUGAUAUGACUAUUUUGCAGAUAUUCUACCAACUGUCAUUUACAUACCGCCUUUUUUACAUCGUGUUGACAUUUUUUAAUAAAUAAAAAAAAAUAUUGUUUUUAAGCUCA